AUGGCAGGUGGUCGUCAAAUCAGUAUACAAUGGCGUCUGAAGUAUAAGGAACUUUUGGGUACAAUUUUUCUCUUUUUCAAAACAAUCCCCGACCUAAAUGAUCUACUCAAAACUGCGAAUACUCAUAAAUCAUCUCCGAAGUCGUCUGUGGCUUUGCUAAUGUCUGAAGCAACAUGCAUUAAAAUAACGGGCACGUUACCCCACGUAAACAGCCGUCACGUUGCUCAACGUGCCUGUUGUUUUCAGCGACCUGCUCUUACAGAGUCGGCUGCAUUAUUAACGCCAGACAAGUUUUCAUCAAUUGUUAACAGCUGUUAUUGUGAGAUUACACGUUAUAUUGUGUCAAGAAUGAGUAGAUUUUGCCAAAUACUCCUGGUCUUCUUGGUGGUUGGGUUAUUAAGCCGUGUAGAGGGCUUGACGAACUCUCAGGCCAUUGCAGACUUCAUUGAUCCACAGAAUGAGGCAAGAAAAGCCAUCGGAGUUCCACCGCUUAAAUGGAACGAUACAGUUGCGGCUUUUGCUCGUAAUUAUGCAAGACAGAGAAGAACCGACUGCCUACUUCAGCAUUCAGAAGGAUCGCCCUAUGGUGAAAACAUAUUCUGGGGCAAAGGCCCAAAGUGGACACGUCGUCAGGCGAUGAAUGCUUGGAUUGAUCAAAAGAAGUGGUAUAUUCAUGCUAGUAACACUUGCACAUGCCCAGAUUGCACACACUAUACGCAGAUUGUGUGGGCAACAACCACAAGUGUUGGGUGUUCUAUUAUAAAAUGUAAGAGCAAUGACACAUGGGUUAUAUGUAGCUAUGAUCCCCCGGGCAACUAUAUUGGCGCUAGACCUUAUUGA